CUAAACAAAGUGUUAGCCCUACCUACCCCUAGCACUAUUGUCACGAGCCUUUAGCCCCUUUUCUCUACCUCACUGCUUCUACUGAGUUUCCGCCAUGUCUGAAGAGGAUAAUCAUGAGGAUUUUGGGGCCCAGCUUCGAUUACAUCUCACCAAAAUGAUGUCCCUAGGGUCUCCAAAGAUAUACGACCUCCCAAUAAUCCAAGCAAUAUUUGAGGGAAAUGUCAUUCAGUUGACUGAGCUAAUCACACAAAGGGAGGAAGUGAAUGCUGUGGACCAUGAUAAAAGGACUCCUAUGCAUGCAGCUGCUUAUGUUGGAGAUACUGAGAGCAUCAAUGCACUCAUACAAGCUGGUGGUAAAGUGAAUGUAAAGGAUUCUAACUGGCUUACUCCAUUGCACUAUGCAGCUGCUCGUGGACAUGAUGCUGCUGUUAGAGAAUUGAUCAAGAACCAAGCUGAACUGAUGGCUAGAGAAAAGAACUGGAUGACUCCUUUACACUUGGCAGCUCACAAUAAUCACAUAGCCUCAGCCGAGGCUAUUAUUGCUCACUUGGUUAAUGUUGACAUUGCUGAUAGAACUGGCAAGACUAGUCUUCAUCAUGCCUGUUACAAUGGCCACGCUGAGAUGGUAUCUCUUUUGCUGGUCAAAGGUGCCAGUGUGAGGGCACUCGAUAAAAAAGAUCGCUCUCCACUGCAUUUGGCUUCUUACAUGGGCCAUCAGGAUUGCAUUAAUAGUAUUGUAGGCUGUGGUGGGGACAUUAACAGUAAAGACAAGAAGCAAUAUACUCCGUUACACGCUGCAGCUGCUGGUGGUCAGGUCCAUGCUGUCAAGAUGCUUUUGGAGCUGGAUGCUGAUGUUGAUGUUACUAAUUCUCAUGGCUGCACUCCUCUCCAUGUUGCUUGUAAUAAUGGUCAAGAUGUUGUUGUCGAUGUCCUCUUACAGCACAAGGCCACCAUUAAUCAGCUUAACAUUCAUGGGCAGACCCCAUUGCAUUAUGCUGCAUGGUCACAUCACGGUGCUCUCUGCAUGGAACUGCUUGUUAAAGCAGGUGCUGAUCCUAAUGUCAAGGAUAUAAAUGGACGUACUGCUCUCCAUAUGACAUCAGUUCACGGAUUUUAUCUUCGCACUGAGACACUUAUUAAUCACGGUGCUCGUGUAGAUGUUGAAGAUAAAGAGGGUAACACGUCCCUCCAUAUUGCUGCUCGUCAUGGCCACGCCUCUGUUGUGAAGAAACUGAUAUCUUAUGGAGCCAAUAAGAACAAGCGUGGAGCAGGGGGCAUGCUUCCAGUUCAUAUGGCCUGUCUCAGUGGUUACUCUGAUUGUAUUGAUAACUUAAUUACAUCUGAUUCAGAAAUUGCUACGGAGUUAGAUACUGAUAAGAGGACUUGUCUUCAUGCAGCUGCUUGUGGAGGUAACAUUGAAUGUGUUGAUAUGAUGAUUAAUGAAGGCUGUCAAAUUAAUGCCAGAGACAAACUUGGAAGGACUCCAAUACAUUAUGCUGCUGCCUGUGCUCAGUAUCAAUGUGUCCUCUCUCUUGUUGCCAAUGGAGCUAACUUGACUCUUGUUGAUAACUUUAAGAGGACUCCACUUCACUAUGCAGCUGCUUCUGAUACUGAUGGAAACUGUGUUGCGCAUAUGUUGAGGAGUUUUCCUGGUGGUACUCCAUUCACUACUGACAGUAAAGGGUUUACCCUACUCCAUUAUGCUGCCUGUAAUGGACACAGACUUGCUGUGAAUAUGGCAAUUGAUUAUGCUCCUGGUGACAUAUCCGCCAUUACUACAGGAGAGACCAAGACCACACCCAUUCACCUUGCUGCAUAUAAUGGGCACUUUGAAGUUCUACAGGAAUUGGUUUAUAAGUUUCAAGUGUUUCUUGACCAUAAGGACGACAAGGGACGUACCCCACUUGACCUAGCUGCCUUCCGUGGUCACAAGGAAAUUGUAGAUUAUUUGCUUGGUAAUGGUGCAUCUUUGAUUGUACAUGAUUUAGUUACUAAAAGGACUCCGUUACAUGCCGCCGCCAGUAAUGGCCAUGUUGAGUGUGUCCAGAUGAUGCUUCGCUAUCUCAGUAAAGGAUCUCAAAUUGAUGUGGUUGAUAAUCAAGGAAGGACUCCACUAAUGCUUGCAGUUACUAAUGGUCAUGUGCCUGUUGUUCAAGUCCUUGUUGAGCAAGGAGCCCAGUUAGAUUAUACUGACAAGUAUUUGUGCACUGCUCUUCAUCGUGCUGUUGCUUGUGGUUUUGAGGACUGUGUUGAGACCUUGUUAAAUGCACAGGCAGAUUCAUCAGCAAGGGACCAAUUUGGGAGGACACCUGUACAUUUUGCAGCUGCUUGUGGUCAUGUCACAAUACUUGACUGUCUCUUGAAUUCUGGUGGCUCUCCCAUAGCUGUAGACAACAGUGGAUAUACUCCUAUCCACUGGGCAGCUUACAAUGGUCAUGAAAAGUGUUUGGAAAGUUUAGUUGAGAAAAGUGGUACUGAUAUGAUAACUGGCAACAACUUUACUCCUCUUCACUGUGCCAUUAUUAAUGAUAAUGAUUCUUGUGCUGAUCUUCUCCUUGAGAGGAUGAAGAGGGAAACCAUUGACACUCAAGACAGCAAGGGCCGCACUGCAGUGCAUGCUGCUGCAUUCAACAAUCACGUUGAAUGCAUGCAGCUCCUCCUCAAAUAUGGUGCCCAAGUUAGUGUAUCGGAUAGUAAUGGACGCACUCCGGUAAUGGUGGCAGCCAAUGCGGGUCAUUCCAGUGUAUUGGAUCUUUUGAUGGGUCUUCCUUCUGAGAAGUUAUCCGUUGACUCUGUUGAUCAGCAGAAUAAUUCUGCCUUACAUCUUGCUUGUUUAAAGGGACACGAGGAGUGUGCUUUGGCUGUUUUGGAAAAGUGUUCUAAUGAUCUAAUCAAGAAAGCCAACAAUAGCUCUAAAACUGCACUUCAUAUUGCUGCCAAGUCUGGUCUUACCAGAGUAGUAAAGGAAUUAAUACAGAGAGGGACUGAUCUUUAUGCACGUGACUCAGAUGAUUAUACUCCGGCACUUUGUUGUGCUCCUAAUCCAGCAGUUGCCAAUUGCCUGGAGCUUAUUUUACAGGCAAUGCUUGAACAGAAAGUGCCUUUGUCUUCUGAUUCUGGCCAAUGAGAUAAUGUGACACUGGAGAGGCAUCUUAUUAUUAUUAGAAUCAUACACUAACACUUGUACUUAAUUUUUGAUUGGAGUAGACUCUUAAAUUUAA